GGUCAUUUCUUUAAUCAGAACCUAGGACUAACUUGUUCUUUUUCUUCUUUAAUUAUUAUUUUCUCUGUUGUAUUGUUCAUCAAUUAUUAGUCCAACUAGCAAUAGCAUCACCAAAAGAAGAACAUAAAAAAUCUCUUCUUCCUUUUUCCUUUUCUCUGUCCAAUUAAUCAGAACAAAAAGCAAGCUUAGAAUUUAGGGUUUGUGGCUCUUGUACAACCAGAUAGAGGUAAACAUAGUGACAGGAAUCAUAAUAUCUAGAUCCUGCCUCUUUCUGAAAUGUUAGUUAUAGGGAAGAUGGUGAGAGGAAAGAUCGAGAUCAAGAAGAUCGAGAACAGGACAAGUAGACAAAUCACAUUCUCGAAGCGAAGGAACGGUCUCUUUAAGAAGGCUCAUGAGCUAUCUGUUUUAUGUGAUGCACAAGUCGCCGCCAUUGUCUUCUCUCAGAGCGGAAGAUUAUACGAAUUCUCUAGCUCCGAGAUGGAGAAGACGAUAGAAAGAUAUGGCAAGUUUAGUCCUGACUACUUUGUGUCAGGGAGGCCCCAAGAAGAACUAUACUUGCUGGAGCUUAAGAAGGAAAUGGAUAUAAUGGUAAAGAAGAUUGAUCUCCUUGAAGUUCAUCAACGGAAGCUAAUGGGGCAAGGUUUGGGUUCAUGUUCACUGGCACAACUUCAAGGGUUGGAUACUCAGAUUGAGAAAAGCCUUCGAAUUAUCAGAUCAAGAAAGGCUGAGUUAUAUGCAGAUCAACUAUUGAAACUAAAAGAAAAGGAGAGAGAACUCUUGGACCAGAGAAGAAGGUUACGUGAAGAGGAAAUCAGAGAAACCCUGGUACGGCCAAUGCUGCCAGUAACCUUACACACUGGGAAAGAUGAAACCGGAAGUGCCUGCAGAAUGUCCAAACAUUCAUCAGAAGUCGAGACCGAUCUAUUUAUUGGAUUUCCCGUUACUCGACUAUAAUACAUUUCAGACAUUCCUUUAGUCUGCUCAUAGUAAGAAAUUUUUUUGCUGAUAGUCUUAUAACUUUGAUUCGAUGUUUGUACUAAUAAUUAGCUUAUAAUUUUCUUUGCGUUUUGGCCAUCUCUUGUGUGUAAACU